UGACUAGUUUGGUGUAGCUGAAGUCUUGCGUUCUUGCACCAUUUGUGAGGUCAGAACUGGUCUAAAGAGUAGUGGGGCUUGUAGGGCGUAUUCGACUAUAACCCAAGCAGUUGGCUAUAUUCAUAUAAUAGUGUACUUUAUUGUUGUAUGAGUUACCAUGUGAUAAUAAUUGUUUGCUUGGUGUGGCCGGUGUGGCCGGGCUCAUUUCCUGUGAAAACACUGCAUACUAUAUAAUUCAUCGGCGUCCUUGCUUAUUGCCAUUUUAUCAUCCGUCGCUUUCUCUCUGUUCCGAUAUUUGCAGUUGUGCUGGCGUUAGUAGAGGAGCGACAUACAGGGAACGUACAGGCCAUGACCAUCGAUCAUCCCGACCAUCCGAACAUAGUGCUAGGUGAUCGUCGUCAAGUACAAAGAUCAUCAACUAAACAUCUUCCUUUGUUUUCCACUGGUGGUGAAGACGGUGAUUUCGAUCAAAAGAUGACCGUCAGGUCAUCAUAUCUUUGCGAGUCUAUUGACUGCGUAGGAGAAUCUCCACCGCCAGUUCCGCCGCGACCACCAGAAACAAUUAAUUCAGACAGCAGUUCCCCCGACUCUCCACUGGAGGUAUGGCCUCCACUUGAAGAAGCAGGAACUGUCGGCAUGAUGAGGAGAGGAGCGUUUCGUCAGACGUCUAGAUCAGAAGGGAAAGAAGCUAGGGAGUUGAAGAGAUUUAGCAGCACUAUUGCUGUUGCACAACUAGUUCCAAUUCAACGUCAUCCACCAUUGAGGUCAUGCAAAUCUGAAGCUGAAGACUCAAUAACUGCGGAGCCAACUAAAGUUUCUAGAACGCUGUCUGACGGUGCCAUCAAAAUAAGACGUUCUAUUUCGGCAAUUUUUCGAAGGAGAUCAUCUGGAACUAAAACACAUGAGCCAAGGUUGGAUGAUAUUGCCUCACCUGAAAAGGUUGCAGAGCACCGCAGAGAGAGACUGAGAUACGCCCUUUUUCCAAAUUCAGGAGAAAUUCAAUUUGCAAAAAAGGAUGAUGCCCCUCCACCACUUCCACCAAGGAACUGCAGGGAACAAGACCAGGAGUUCUCACCACCACCUCGACAGCUAAAGAAAAGCAGAUCUGUACAGCAACGAUUGGGCAGCUUUACUUCCAAGGAAGCUACCAAACAUGCACUUCUAGAUAGCUAAGCAACAUAUAGUUGCUGAUCUGUAUGAUUAGUGUGAUUAUUUACUGCAGUACUAGACAGUAGGACUUUCUCUAGUGCAGUGGUCUUUGUUGAGUUCAUCCUACCAUUAUCUAGUUUGCCUUCCUACUGAAGUAGCUGAAUUGUUAGUUUGUACAUUGUGUGUGUACAGUUCAGUUGUAGAAAGACAUGUCUACUGUAUUGGCAUUGUACCAAAUUAUAAAGCAAUUCAAGAUAUACAUAAUUCCUGAGGUGCGUGUGUACUGCAUGGUAGAGCUAGGUACGUCAGGGCAGAUAGCCAACCCCCUAAUUUUGACGUCUCCCAUGAUUCCUCUUUUGUAGUCUAGAGGCCGUGUCUGAAUUUUCGGUAGACAAAUAGCCACAGGACUUGAGUUAUAUUGCCUAAAUUUGCAUACCGUCCAAUCACUAAAUCCUCAGUGAGGAGAAUAUUGUACACACGUACUCAUGCUAUCCCAUCAUUGCAAGUGCACCUCUCUAGUUAGAUAGUCUCCUCUGGAAGCUGCAUGAAUCAGCGAUGCAGCAACUUUCAUACUCUGC